GCGAUAUUAGUUUAUAUUCAGCUGUUUUCAAUCGAGCAUCUGUUGCAAUCACAAAUAUCCAUCAUGAAAGUCAUCAUUGCUUUUGCAGCUAUUGUUGCCAUCGCCAUUGCAUUUCCACAAGCACCAGACUCAACAGCAACCGUUUUGAAGAACGAAAACAGCAACAUUGGCGUGGGUGAUUACCAUUCACAAUAUGAAACAAGCAACAAUAUCCAGUCCGAUGAAAGUGGUGAAUUGCGUCAAGGGCCAGAAGGUUAUUUCUUGGCCAAACAUGGUUCAUACUCAUACACAGCUCCAGAUGGAAUUUUAUACACUGUACAAUGGACGGCAGAUGAGAAUGGCUUCAAAGCCGAGGGUACCCAUUUGCCAAAACCUUUAGUUUAAACUUUAUUUAUAUUAUGUUAUUCGAACUGUUGAAAAUUAUACUCCAAUAAACUGUCGUUAUUCGCAAUUUUAUUAAUGAAUUCAA